AAUGUUAUCAGCUAUGGCGGCCUUUGAUAAUAUUAUAUCUUGAAUUAAGUUGGAUCGUGUUUUCGUAAUAUAUUUUUAAAUUUUCUAGUUAAAUAAAUGUGUCUUACGGUAUUUUAAUAUUAUUAUUGUAUUGCAAUUUUCCAAAUAAUAUUAGUGUUAUUUUCUACAUUUUAUGCUCUUUAAGCAUUGUUGAUAUUAUUAUUUUUAUUUUUCAUAGAUAAUUAUGUAGGUAUAUAUAAUAUAAUUAAAAAUUAAUUACUGAUUUAUUUAAAACUAAGAAAAGACAUUUUGAAGUUCAUGGUAUACAUUAGUCAUGAAUAAUCCAGGAUCAUUUGCUAGUAAAUAUGUUUUUCCCAUUUUUCUGAUGUCAUUGUUUUAAAAUAUUAUUUAUAUUAUUGUAGAGGAGUUUAGCAGAGUAAAAGCAUCUGAACAUUAUGAAACAAUUAAUUCUAUUGGCAAAUACGACAAUCCAGCAGCUGCCAAUCAGCCCAGUACAAGUUAUAAUCAGCCUAGUACAAGCCAUAAUCAGCCCAGCACAAGCAGUAUAAAACAAUCUCCUGUUAAAUCUGGAAAUUCCAACAGCGUGUUAGUUAAUCCAAAACAAGUAUGUAUUUUACUGUCUAUUCCGUAUAAAAUAUAAUCAAUUUAUAACUUAUGUAUUUUGUACUUUUAGAGAGGUAAUCCGUUAAUUAAAUCAAUCAUCAAUGUACCCUGGGAGUAUUCGGAUAAUAUUGUACCAGACUAUGUAAUGGGACGUACGACUUGUGCUCUAUUUUUAUCUCUGCGUUACCAUAUCUUAAAGCCUGACUAUAUAUACAACAGAGUGAAAUCUUUGGGAAAACUUUACGAACUGCGCGUUUUGGUACUUCAAAUUGAUGUAAAAGAGCCUCACAAUGCGCUCAAACAGUUGACCAGAAUGUGUUUGGUAGCUGAUCUUACAUUAAUGUUGUCUUGGAGUUCAGAAGAAGCAGGCAAACUUAUUGAAACAUAUAAAAUAUUUGAAAAUAAACCACCAGAUCUCAUAAUGUCAAAAACCGAAGGAGAUGAUUAUUCUAGGGUAAAUUUUAGGUUUUUUUAUUUUAAAUUCAUCUAUGAAAUAUUAUGUUUUAAACAAUUUAUAGUUGGCCAAUGCUCUCACAACUAUCCGUGCUGUAAACAAAACCGAUGCCGCGUUGUUACUAUCUACAUUUGGUUCAUUGGAGAACAUUUGUAAUGCCACUCUAAAGGCUUUAACAUUGUGUCCAGGAUUUGCUCAACAUAAAGCCACACAGUUAUACAACACGUUGCACAAACCUUUCCUAAAAUCUAAUACAAAAGAAAAUUAAUAUUUUAAUAUAAUUUUUCUUCAUUGAAAAAAUGUACUUUGUGAUACUACUACAUAGGUAAAAAUAAAAAAUUAUUUUUAAUUUCUUUAUAGAUCAUAUAAAAAUUGAAUUACAAUCAUUUGUAUUAUAUUUGAUAAUGAGUUUAAAUACUAAAUAAAUAAAUAUUAAACCGGUUUGAAUCACUGUUAUAUGGUAAGUACCUAUUAAUCAUUUAAAUUCUUAAUUAAAUAUUUCACAAUUAGAUUUUUAAAGUAAACUUUAUUCCUGCCGUUACUACAUUUACUAACAUUUUUCAUACAUGUUAAUAAUUUUAAAAAGUUGUCCUAGGAUAAUAGGAACCAGUGCAGCCACUGUUUUAAUUGAAAAGUUGAAAGGGUAUAGGAGAAACUUAAUGUACAUCUGUACACAACUAUUAACCAUUGCUAACAAUAAAUGAUUCUUAGCGAAAUUUGGUUUAUAGUAUAGCUUUGUCAAAAAAGUAUAUAAUUCAUAUUAUUGUAAGAUAAUUACAUAUGCAUUAUAUAUAUUUUUUUUUUAAAUAUUUGUUUAAUGUAGUACCUCUUUUUCCGAUUUUCCCAUGUUUUUCUCAUUUAUUGAGAAAAAUCCUUGGAAAAUCAAAAGAUGACCUUAAAGUACCUCCCCAGUUCAAUUUCCUUUCAGAAAAAGUGCCAUCUUUUUAAAUCGGAUUAAAAUUGCUAGUAGAAUAGUUGUCCACAGAAAAAAAAUAAAUAUAUAUUAUUGUAAAACCAAUAUAUUCCUCACUUCACUCAGAAUCUAAAAUAUAGUAUAAGUGUCAUUAAAAAUUGUGUAUCAAAUAUUCAGAAAUUACUACAUUCAGUAUUUGUGCCAUAAUCAAGAAUAAGUAUUUGGAAUUCAAUAUAUUAUUUAUUUUAUAUUAUUAAGAAUGUUGAAAGCAAUUCAGUAUAAUAUAUUUAUAAUAUAUAAUUUGUUGUAAUUCUAGUUUAAUUACAAUUACAGUCACAUUCAUGGGUGCCCACAGGAAAUUUAUCAGGGAGAGACAUAAUAAAAAUCAAACAACAAAAAGUACUUAAGAUAAAAAUAUAUUAAUUAAUUAUUUAAAUUAUAUUUGAAAUUUUGAACUCCAGGACGCACAUGGUUGCAUUUCUAAUUUUGUAUUAAACAUUAUAUCAUUAUAUUUACAGAUUAAUUAUAGUAGUAUUCCGAGUAAAAUUACACAAGACCUUUUGUUUUUUAAUUGGAAAAAUCAUCAAUUUCAAUACGGUGCC